AUGACGAACACCACGAAGCCGCCGUCGAUUUUUAAAAGCAUUGAAGCGCUACUAUCGGCUCCUCCAUCCCCAGCUACGACCCCGCAUUUUCUCCAGAAAACCUCGCCCAACCCGCGGAUCCCUUUCUCGUGCCCAGAAUGCAACAAGACGUUCGUGACACAGCUGGGGCUUCUGAAGCACGGGAAGAGCCACGAGGAGACGCACGUCUGCCCGCAUUGCACCAAGCAGUACAGGUCCGUCGGUGCGCUGAAGAUGCACAUCAAAACGCACACGUUGCCGUGUGCCUGCAAUCAUUGCGGGAAGUCAUUCUCGAGGCCGUGGUUGUUGAAGGGGCAUCAGCGGACACAUACAGGCGAACGACCUUUUACCUGUUCGGAAUGUGGGCGUAGUUUUGCCGAUCGGAGCAAUUUACGGGCCCAUCUAUUAACCCACAAAACCAUCAGGAAAUUUCGGUGUCAAUUCUGCGCCGCCGCGUUCGCCCGAUCGCACGUGAAGACGAAGCAUGAAAUUGUCUGCAACAAGCGCACGCGA